UUUCACCAAGUUGCAUAGCACAAUGAUAAUAUUCGUAUAACGUACAGUAUAUGGCGAAUAAUAGUCAGAUGUCACAAACCCUGACCUCAAAGUAAGAGAGAGAAAUUACACAGAAAGAGUCUUCUCUUUCCUCUGAACUUUCAGACGAACAACGAAGCCUCUCUCUUUCUUCUUCCCCUCGUUUAUCUCUCUCUAUACAUAUACAUAUACAUAUAUAUCUAUAUAUGCAGAAUUUUGUCUUCAGUAUCCGAUCUCUAUUGUCAGGGUGAGACGAAUUCUGCGUUUGGAAAAUCCUAAAGUCAUGCCUAUUUCUGGAAAUGAAGAGCCUGGGAUCAUUGCACGGCAGUCUAGUAAUUGUUCUGUAGGUGUUCCAAUCAAGAAAAGGUGGUUCCCAUUGGUUCAGUUUUCUAUUCCCCAACCAACUACUGUCCUUGCAGAAAAUGAUUCACCACAAAAAGAAUAUUCUAACCAAAGUCAGGAGCCAUCUCUUUCAAAUGCCAGUGUUGCAACAACAUCUCAUAGCGUAUCUGAUGCAAACAAGACUCUUGUGAACAAGACUUUUUCUUCUGUUGAAGAUAAGGAAGGUUCUGAUGAUACAAAUGCUAAUUCAGUCCAAAACAAUGUUCAUCUUCGUGCAGUCAAACUUGAGGAACCAAACCUUAAAAUUUGCUCAGGCCGUAUGGAUAACAUGGGCAGCGAAGAGAAGCUUAUGUUCGCUGAUAGAUCUGCCUGUCAGAAAGUUCCAAGAAAUACUGAACUGCAUUUAGCAGGUAGUGAAUCUCAUGCACUCAACACUAGGGAAGGAAUAUUUGGCAAACAAGAAGCAGAAGGGUAUUCUAAAUUUGAAAUUUCAGCUUUUCCAGGGAAUAUUGAAUUGUCACUAGGGCUGAAGGAACCUCUUGUUCCAGCUUUGGCAGUUCAAAGUAGUGAUGGGAGUUUCCAGGUAUCAGAGAAAUCAGAUCUUGCUUCGCUGUGUUUGUCUUUAAGCAAGGAAAAACCCAUUACCCAAUGCAAAAGUGAUGAUAACUCAAAUAAUGGUAGCUCUCACCUUCAUGCUAAUAGAUCGAAGUGGGAUUUGAACACGACAAUGGACACGUGGGAGGGUUCUGUUGAUGAUGCCACUGCAUGUCUUGGAACAAUUGCUUUUGAUAGGUUAAAUGACACUGGUAAUGCACAUGAUAUAAAGAGUUCUUCUUGCUCAAUUGGGAUGGUUGGAGGUGGCGUUGAUUUGGGAAAACAGAUUCUUGGAGCACGUGAUCACAUUUCCCAAUUUCCCAUCUCCACCUUAACACCCAGUGAGCUAUAUAAAUCUGAGGAUUCCCUGCAUGUAGGUCUUAGCAUGUCUUGUUUUCAGUCGAACUUCAGCGUAGAACACUCUAGUCCCUCAGCUAAAGUUGAUUUAGGUAAGGUUGUUCCUAGUUCCGAUUUGCUUGGAGGGUUGGUAUCAUCUAGAAAAGUGAAUUCUGUUGGUAGUAGAACUGUAAAAUCAGAACCAAUCGAGGAGAAUGCUAAACAUAAUUUUGUGGGAGAGAAUGAUAUUCCUAUGGGAUUAUUUGAUGUUAGAACUCUAAAACGGGAAUUAGUUGAGAGGUGUAAUCUGGAAGCUGUCAAUUUGUUGAACCCGGAAACCAGUAAACAUAGAUCAAUAAAAUCUGAACCAGUUCAGGAGGGUAAUCAGGAAAUACGCAGAACUGUUGAAAGGACGUCAUGCCAAUCAGAUGGAAAGGUUGACACGGAGAUGCUUUUAACCCCUCGAAAGUUAUGCUCUUCAGUGUUACACAGUUGUUCAACAGAGCUAACUAUAAGUGGGGAUGUAUUAAGCCAAUCCGAAUAUUCUACUCGUAUCAAAGAAGUCAAAUCCCAGGAAGAAUGUAGAAGUAGUGAUGUUGUUUCAGAAAUGGUUUCUGUGUCCGUGGGCCCUGAAUGUAAAGAAUCAAACGUAUCUGAUGGUAUGGCAGAUGCUAACAGAGCAGAAGAUUUGAAUUUUGAUGAUCCUGAGACAUGCAGAUUGAAAUCGAUGGAUGACCUUCCGCUAGCUUCAAGUGGAAAUGGUGAGGGAUCUGUAAGUGAUGAGGAAAAAAUUAACAUAUCUGCUGAUAUGCUAGAAGAAGAUUCUUAUGCUUCUGACUAUGAGUCAGAUGGUUAUCAUACCUUAGUCGCUCCCUUGGGUACAGAAGAUGGACAAUAUGCUGGAGUAGAUGAUGAAUAUGAGGAUGGUGAGGUCCGAGAACCACUAGUGCACAGGGAAAUUGAAUGUCCUAUUGGUAGUGUGAUGAAAGAGGCAGGUGAUGUUACACAUGGUGAUUGUGGUGACAAAAAUGUGUGCUUGUUUGGUUCACCUGGCGAUAGUAGUGUUGUUAAAUCCUGUACUGUAGAAAAGGACAGUCAAAAGAAGUAUCAUGGUGAAACAAGUGCUGAUCAUAUUAAAGAAUGUGUUGAUAUAGUUCUUCGUGAGAAAACUGAUCGGGUUGUAGAUAAAGAUGGCUUUCUGCAAGAUUCAUCAACCAUUGAAAUGGUUUCAUCUGAAGCUGAUGAAAAGAGGCCUAUAAAUACCAUUCAAUGGAAUCCACUUCAUCAAUUGGGAGACAUGGAAGUCCAAAAGGUCCUCGAAAGACAACCAUCAACUGAUGGAGCCACUAAUAGAAGCCAAGAGACUCUGAGAGCAGCUGGUCAGGCUGCAGAUGGGAAUAUUGAAAGAAUAGCCACGGAGGGAAAAGAUGAUUCCACUUUGGCCAAGACUGAAUCAUCUCCAAUUGGGGACGAUGCUGCUAAAGAUUCCAACAGUGGAGGUAACAGGAGUCGAAUUAUAAAGUUACCCCGAGCUUCUAUUGUUUCAUCUCCUGUUGAAACAAGUUCUAUCCCAGUCGGGUCAUUCCCCUCGCAAGCUGAAAGAGAAAGAUAUACUGGUUUUGAGAGAGAAAGAUUACAUGCACGGCAAUAUAGAGAUGAAAUGUAUUUAGAUGGCCCCCCUAGAUUUGUUAGAGGGAGGUUUCAGGAUCAGCCACAAAGAAACUUCAGAUCAAGCUUCAUGCGUGGAAGAGGAAGGAGUUCCAGCCGUUUAGACUCUAUGCGUGGUGAUUGGGAUAAUGACAGUGAGUUUGCUUCAGAAAAAUUUAAUGGUUCCGUCAAUUAUCGAUUCGCAAGACGCAAACCCGCUGGUGCAGAUGCAGAGCUUGAAUGUAAUGAUUAUAUUUUUGCACCGGAUGGUGCUAUUGUAGGUACUGACAGGGCAGGAAGGAAACCUUAUAAUGAUGAAUUUCCUUCAUUUCAUCAUCCAUCCUCAAGGAGGAGAUCUCCUGCAGGUAGAGAUGGAGGUGCAAGACAUGGCAUUCAAAUGGUUCGUAGAAUGCCAAGAAAUAUUAAUAUGACCAGAUGUGUUGGUGAGGAUGGUUCUGAUUUGGCUGGGAUCAAGCAUGGCGAGAAGUUCUUGAGGGGUUUGCCCAAUGAUAUUUUAGAUCCAGUAUUUUCUCAUCGUCAACCUCCUUACGAGGGAGCUGAUGGUCAGUUUGUCAGAGGGAGCAGGAAUUUUUCUUCUAUCCCAAGAAGGGGUGUUCCUCGAAUUCGAUCAAAAUCUCCAAUAAGAUCCAGAAUGGAUUCCUCUGGAACGUGGUUGUCUCCUCGAAGAAGAUCUCCAGAUGGACUUGAUGGACUUCCAGAAAUUACUAAUAGUAGAUCUCCAGCUAUUUACAGGAUUGAGAGAAUGAGAUCCCCUGAUCACCAUUUUUUCCCUGAAGAUAUAGUGGCAAGAAGACAUGGUUCUCCUCCUUAUAUGUCUCGGCCGUCUAAUAAUUUGAGGGACAUGGAUACUGUGAGGGAGCAUGGUCAUCCAAGAUCCAUUAUCCCCAAUAGGAGCCCGUCUGACCGGGUUUUACCUCGAAGCACUAGGAGAUUAGAUAUCUUAGAUACUCGAGAGAGGGCAGAUAAGGAUGCCUACUUUGGAAGGCCUAUGCAGUCUGGCAGACUUCAUGAACUUGGCUGUGAUGGAAGUGGUGAUGAGAUAAGAGUGCGUGGUGUUAGACAUGGACCUGUUCGUUCUUUUAGGCCACCUUAUAGGGAUGCUGAUGGUGAGAAUUUCAGUUAUCCCAUUGAGGAUGGCCCUAGGCCUUUUAGAUUCUGUCCAGAAGCUGAUUCAGAAUUCAUUGAAAGAAGCAACUUGAGGGAAAGGGUGUCUGACAGGCGGAUUGAAAGUCGACCUAUAAACACACCUAGGAGAAUGAGAAUAAUUGAAGAGCAAGAAGGAAACUAUAGGCCCGGUGGUCAGAUCUGGCAUGACAAUGGGUUUGAUGAUGGCUCCCGUGGGAAAAGAAGAAGAUUUUGAUAGACCUUGGGGAAUGAGAAGCAUUGAAGAGCAAGAAGGAAACAAUAGUCAUGGUGGGCAGGUCUGGCAUGACAAUGGGUUUGAUGAUGCCUCCCGUGGGAAGCUUUAUUUUUCUGUGUCCAUGAUCUAGAAAAGGAUUUGUUGUUUUGUUGGGGGAUGGCAAGUUACUGUUUUGCAUACAGUUUGGUUAUGUGCCAGGUUUAGGGAAUGCUUUGAUUUCAUGGGGUAGGUGACUAGCAGGUACAAUUCGUUUUGGUUGUUUAUGCACUGAUUAUGGUUUAUUUUGUCUCAGAUCCUGAACAAGGUAAUGUUUGGAGAUAUAUGAGUAACAAAUACCUGAUACUGGCUUGUUCUGAGGGUAUUCACAUUGUUACAUACAUGUGACAUCACUUGGUAAUAUGCAGCCAACACUUAAAUAGUCCUUGGAGGUGGAGUACAUAAUGUAUUUCUCAGCAUAACUCGGUAGCCAAGUCUUCCUGAAAGCCUUGUUACAUUAAUGGUUACCAUUUCGCCUAAUCAUGGGUGCUAGCUGCAGCGACUCAGUUUAAUUUGAACAAGUUCUGUACUAUAUGUUAUAUUAUGUUUGGCACAAUAAUAUUGGAUCCAGUCUGUUCUUGUAGAUACUUGAUCGAAGAUCCUUCAAUAAGCUUUUCGUAAGUAUGUGUAGCUUCAUCUGAUGGUAUUGAUGUACUUUGGGGGGAUGGAAUAGGUAUGCAGCAAAGGGACAUUUGAAUUCCGAACUAUUUCGGCCAGUUAUCAAGAGAUCAUCAAUUGUUGCAGUAGGCUUAUGUGUGUUCUAGUUCUUGCUUCCUUGCAUUUCCCUUCUCGUAUUAAACUAGUCCAUGUUGUGAUACCGGUAAGUAGCUCUAUGCACCCAGAAAUAUUAGGGGUGAGUAUCAUUUCUUACAUUGGAGGGAGAUGGUUUGAACAUUGUUGCUUUAUGCUUCAUCUCUGUAGGAAGAACAGUUUGUUACUUUUUUCAGACCAGAGUAGUUGUAGCUCUUUUUUCCCUGUGUAGUUUCUGAGAUCUGCAGCUGCGAAGGUGAUGACUGAAAUGGCUGGAAUUGAUUUUUUUAUGAAGCUUUCUCCUUCUUAAGGUUUUGAAAAUAGGAGAUUGGGUGAAAA